AUGACGCCGCCUUCCUGCACGGCUGAGCAGCCGCUGCCCGCUGGUGACUGCUGCUCUGAGGAGUGGUCCUCAUCCCGCGACCCGAGGUCAGAGGUCGCGCAGGAGUCGGACCGGGCUCACCUGUGGGUGUUCGGGUACGGCUCGCUGUGCUGGAAGCCCGGCUUUUCGUACCGGGAGCGCCGCAUCGGCCGUGUGGAGGGAUUCAGUCGGAGGUUCUGGCAGGGCAGCGUCACCCACCGCGGGACACCCCAGCAGCCGGGGCGAGUCGCGACACUGGUGGAACACAGGCACCACGUGGGGCUGCGCGGCCCUGAUCAGCCCUCUGUCCCCCAGGGCACCACGUGGGGCUGCGCGUUCCUGGUGACGGACCGGGCAGCGCUGCGCUACCUGGACGGCCGAGAGGUGGUGCUGGGCGGCUACCAGACGCGGCGUGUGGCGUUCGUGCCCCGCGAUCCGGGCCGGCCGCCGUUCGCCGUCACCAUCUACGUGGCCACGGAGCGGAACCCGCUGUGGCUGGGGGAGGCGCCGCUGGCCCGACUGGCCGUCCAGGUGGCCGCCGCCAGAGGCAGGUGUGGCCCCAACGCCGACUACGUGCUCCAGCUGGUCAGAUUCAUGAAACGAAACAUACCUGAAGAGUGUGAUCAACACCUGUUCGACCUGGCUACUCUGGUGGAGGCCGCUGUAGGCGGCUGUACCUCACCAGCUGCAGCUGGCGCCAUCUGUCCGUCCUACGGUACCGGCACCUCACCAGCUGGCGCCAUCUGUCCGUCCUACGGUACCGACACCUUACCAGUCCCAGGUGGCACCGUCUGCUCAGCCCUCAGUGGCGCCUCCUCGUCGGCCAAGCCUGCAACUGCCGGGUGGCGCCGCCGCUGCGGCCAGGAGGGUCCCGAGGAUGCCGGGAUCGCGGAGACCGCUCAGGAGCCGCCGGGCCGCUGCCGCUAGGCGGCGCCAGGGGUGCACGGGGCGCCUACCGAGCAGCUGCCUCGUCUGGCCCGUCUGUGAUAUCCUCUCUGGGAUUUCAGUUCAGGUAACGAAGGAGGUCUUUGUAUGAUCAAAAGACGACCUGCGUACAAUCUAAAGGCAGUGUGGCGAUUGGUAUGAUUGUAAAAACUCAAUUUUUACUGCGCACCCGUUGUCGUACUUACGAGCAAAGUGGUCGCCACUAAGUGGUGCUUUAUGCGAAUUGUCGACAGCUUGAUGUCCCUCCGUUCCGUCGCUUCCAUCCUCAGGAUACUGAAAUCUUUCUCCUCCACGCCGCAACUCCCACUCCUGACUGGACGGGCACCUGAUCUCAUGCGGGCUGCUCCCUUGGAGCGGC